UUUCUCGUCCAGGUCGCGGAAGGGAAGCGCAGGAUGCGCGGAGCGGAGCGGCCUUGGGGCUCGGCUGUAGCGGCGCGGGCCGGGGCCUGACGGCCGGCGCCGCCGGGCUGUCCUUUGGCCACACAUCCUCCCGGGGCCGCCCCCGCCCCCCCUUCUCUCUCUCUCUCUCUCUCUCUCUCUCUCUCUCUCUCUCUCGUCGACAUGGGCUGUUUCUGUGCGGUCCCGGAAGAAUUUUAUUGCGAAGUUUUGCUCCUGGAUGAGUCCAAGUUGCCUCUGACCACCCAGCAGCAGGGGAUCAAGAAGUCAACGAAAGGUUCUGUUGUCCUCGACUACGUAUUCCGUCACAUAAACCUAGUGGAGAUAGAUUACUUCGGACUGCGUUACUGUGACAGAAGCCAUCAGACGUAUUGGCUGGAUCCUUCAAAGACCCUCGCAGAACACAAGGAACUGAUAAAUACUGGACCUCCAUACACUUUGUAUUUUGGUGUUAAAUUCUAUGCAGAAGAUCCAUGUAAACUCAAAGAAGAAAUAACCAGAUAUCAGUUUUUUUUGCAGGUUAAACAAGAUGUCCUGCAAGGACGCAUGCCCUGUCCUGUCAACAUUGCUGCUCAGCUGGGAGCAUAUGCUAUUCAGUCUGAACUUGGUGACUACGAUCCAUAUAAGCAUACCGCAGGAUAUGUGUCAGAGUAUCGUUUUGUUCCAGAUCAGAAGGAGGAGCUGGAAGAUGCCAUAGAACGGAUACAUAAAACGCUAAUGGGCCAGGUUCCUUCUGAGGCUGAAAUGAAUUACCUGGGAACUGCCAAGACCUUAGAAAUGUAUGGUGUUGAUCUUCACCCUGUCUAUGGAGAAAGCAAGUCUGAAUAUUUCUUAGGCUUAACUCCUGUGGGUGUUGUUGUCUACAAGAAUAAAAAACAAGUAGGGAAGUAUUUCUGGCCUCGGAUUACAAAGGUUCACUUCAAGGAAACGCAGUUUGAACUCAGAGUGCUGGGAAAGGAUUGCAAUGAAACCUCAUUCUUCUUUGAAGCACGAAGCAAAAUCACCUGCAAGCAUCUAUGGAAAUGCUGUGUUGAACAUCAUACAUUUUUUAGAAUGCCAGAAAAUGAGUCAAAUUCUUUGUCGCGAAAACUCAGCAAGUUUGGCUCCAUGAGUUAUAAACACCGAUACAGUGGCCGAACAGCUUUGCAAAUGAGCCGAGAUGUUUCCAUUCAGCUUCCCCGGCCGGAUCAGAAUGUGGAAAGGAGUCGGAGUAAGACUUACCCUAAAAGAGCAGCCCAAGCCCAGCCAUCAGGCUCAAACAGCAUAAACCGGGUUACUGCAAACAUGGAAAAUGGAGAAAAUGAAGGAACCACUAAAAUUAUUGCACCUUCACCAAUAAAAAGCUUUAAGAAGGCAAAAAAUGAAAAUAGCCCCGAAACCCAAAGAAGCAAAACAAGUGCACCAUGGGAAGAAAAUAGCCCUCAGAGUGGGCUGUACAGUUCUCCCAGUGACCGAAAUAAAUCACCAAAGUUCCCUUACUCUCGCCGACGAAAUCCAUCAGGUGGAAGUGACAACGAAUCUGGGCAGCCUGUUAGGAGGAGGAAGGCCCCAAACAGUGGUGAAGACUCAGACCUGAAGCAAAGAAGGAGAUCACGAUCCCGUUGUAACACAAGCAGUGGAAGUGAAUCUGAAAAUUCGAAUCGGGAACACCGGAAAAAGAGAAACAGAAUCCGGCAGGAGAAUGAUAUGGUUGAUUCAGCUCCUCAGUGGGAAGCAGUUUUGAGGCGGCAGAAGGAAAAAAACCAAGCUGAUCCCAACAACAGAAGAUCCAGACACAGAUCUCGCUCGAGAAGCCCAGAUAUUCAAGCAAAGGAAGAGUUAUGGAAACACAUUCAGAAGGAACUAGUGGAUCCAUCAGGCCUGUCGGAAGAACAACUGAAAGAGAUUCCUUAUACCAAAAUAGAGACUCAAGGAGACCCGAUCCGCAUCAGGCACUCUCACUCCCCACGAAGCUACCGCCAAUAUCGCCGGUCCCAGUGUUCUGAUGGGGAGAGGUCCGUUCUGUCUGAAGUGAAUGCAAAAACUGACCUUGUGCCUCCUCUCCCUGUGACUCGCUCUGCAGAUGCUCAGUGUGCCAAUGCGCCUACCUCUCAUCAGAAAAGAAAUGGGUCUAAAGACAGCCUGAUAGAAGAAAAAUCUCGAACGUCUACAACUACACUGGAUGGGAAGCACAGUGCAAAGACAAUAAAGACUAUACAAGUACCCCGCCUCAAGAUAGAGACUUGAUUCCUAUGACAGAUGCCACGAUUCCUUUGAAACUGUGAAUUAUGUAACAAAUCAAGUGUCAAAAGUCUGAUAAGUAUCAGUCAUUAAUUUCCUCUUGAUAUUUAAAAACUGCGGUGUCCCCCCCGCUGGCACCAGUUGCUUGAAAUUGGCAGUUUUGACAUCCCAUCAACUUGGUGCUACCCUACUGGAAUCUUCAGGUUCAACUUUGAAUAUUGCCUUGAAUGUCCUGUGUCCACUGGCAGUUAGUGCUUCAGAAGUGUAAACCCCCGCCCCCCCCCGAAUCUGCAACAGGCAACCUUGACAUCCCAGCUGGUGCUCAACCCCUGCCUGCUGCUUGAGGACAGAUGGAAACCUCCUGUCACUUGGUCUAGAUGUUUGUUCCUAUAAAUGUUAAGUCUCUUUAAAAAUCUA